AGGCGUCUUCAACACGUGGCGGCAUACAUGCACGGAGGUGGGCGGCAGUGGACGUCGUUUUUUUUGUCUACGAGGGACGUGAUGGACGGCUGCGAUGGCGAUGGACCUGCUGUGCUGUCGACGACGGAGAAGACAGCAGUUGCGGCGGCUGUGGUUGCCGUUGUCCGCCGUUUUCAAAUCGAGAGUGCGGCCAGGCGGAUGAAGGCAGCGCUUUCGAGGCGGCGGCAUAGGCUACUGCUGCAAAGGGUGUUGGACGCCCCGGACUGCAUCACCACAUCCCAAGCCGUGGUUCAGCUGUGUGCUGCUAUCGAGAGCGGUUUGCUUCCUCGGGCGACGCCACGUUGGUGGAUGCGGCGGAGAGCUGGCGGGACUUGGGAGGAUUUACGGGUUUGCGAUGACGCGAUAGAGGACUACUUCCGGGAAAAGCUCCGCAUGUCGAGGAGAGUGUUCAUGGAGAUCAGCGAACCAUGUGCGCCUCAUGUGCAGCGGCAGGUGACGUUUUACAGGGAGCCACUGCAGCCGGAGCAGAUCGUCGCAUACGCGCUGUAUAGGUGGGCCACAGGAGAUCAUCCUUACGACAACAGCACAUCAUCCUUCGGCAUGGGCAGGACUUCCGGAGUUCGAGCCGUGCGCGAUGUGACAGCCGCCAUUUUGAGGGUGUACGGGGAGAAGAUAUCGUGGCCGACGGGGGUGCGGAAACAAGUUGUGGUUGACCUGGAUCUGCGCGUCCAUGAUGUGUUCGUGGGAUAUCCGGGUAGCUGCCACAACAUUAGGGUGAUCCACGUGUCAAGUCUGUCGAGGCGCGCGGAAGAGGGAUUACUAUUUCGUGGGCCGCCUGUGACGCUGCCGGGAGGGGUGACGACAAACGGAUACAUCUUGGGCGAUAACGGGUAUCCUCCUUCUGAGUGGGUGGUGGUGCCGUACGGAGGAAUCAAUCAGCACCCGGACGAGGAAAGGUUCGACACGAAACAGAAGGUCGCAAGAGAGGCCAUGGAGAGGGCGUUCGGGAGGUUGAAAGGGAUGUGGAGGCUCUUCUUGUGGACGCACAAGACGAACCUCGAGAGUCUGCCGCAACAGUUCACGGCGGUAUGCAUUCUCCACAACAUCCUGGUCGAUGCAGGAAUCGAGUUCGACGAGAAUUUGUUGUGGGAGGUAGACGCGAACGGGGUGAGGCGGCGAGUGGACCUGGGGAUUCAUCGCCCCCCGCAGGCAGUGUCCAUGUUGACUUCGACGCGCAAGGCUCAUGCGCUCCGCAAUGCACUGGCGCGGCGGAUGAAACAAGUUUGAUCCACCCAACCGCCUACCUGUUCGUCCCGUUGAAGUCGUGCCGUC